AUACAACAGACGGGAAGAAUAAUGAGGGACACGGCAAAAAGAGGAAAUGGAGGACAUGCCAUAGUGGAUGUCCAUCCAACCAAUGGGAAAAGAACUUCUGGCCUCAAACAGGAAGAGGAUGGGUCAUUUCCUGUCAAGGUUCAGGGGGCUGGGGUGGACCCCUUUGAGCUGCAGGUACAUGGCUUCUGGCUGGUCCAGGAUGCCUUGUUAUCCAUAAUGGGCAAAGAGGAGGUGGCUCCCCGCACAUCUCUCUCUCUGGCCCUGUCUGGCGUAGUCCUUGACCCCCUGGCUGAACUCCAGAGCAUCAAGGGCUUUAAAGCUGGAGUUACAUUCAGGCUGGUGGAGGAGUUGUACACUCCGCGAUCGGCACAAGCACACCUGGCGCGUGUGCAGGAAAUACUGAGAGCUCCAAGUCCCCAAGAUUCACUGAGAGAGGGCAGAUCACCUAGUUUUCUCAACACGCUCACACAGACCACAGAUUCUCCUUCACCAGCUCAUUCGACCAAAGGCAAGCGUUCGGGAGCUAACAAUAAGACAGAACCUCCUGCAGAACUGCCCUCCCCUCCUGACUAUAUCCUGCCUGGGGUAUCAGAGCGCCCCCCUCUGACAACCCUCCUCCCCAGUACCUCAAAUAAUGAGGUCCCCAGUUGUCUGCUUGACCUGUCGCUGAGCAACUGGAACCCUCCUCCUGGCUCCAGAAAAUUGCAGGGUGACUUCCUGUAUAUCAGCGUUAGAACUUUGGAAGGCCAACACUAUGAGAUCACUUCCUGUACCCGGGGGUUCUUUCUAAACAGGUCAACGAUGGAAAUGUUUGAUCCUCGGCCCGCGCCCUCAUCUCAGCUUUGUCACUGCCUGACUGACCUGCUGUCUCAAAUCAGCCCAAAGUUUAAGCACAAUUUUGUUGCUCUUAGACACAGAUCCACGCUGCCUGCUAUAGAGGCCAUGCCCACUCCAUACCCUACACUCUGUUGGUUGGGUCCCUCCACACUUCACUCACACAAAAAUGACUAUAGUCACAAACUGGGCCUAGAGCAACUCAACGCACAGGCUCCAGACUGGAAUGAAGAGUUACAAGCGGCCAGAGAUUUGCCACAGACUACCCUGGAAGAGAGACUACAGAGGGAACGGACGUUACUGCAGGUAAACAGUGCCUUUGUGUGGGGUCUUGCUCAGGCAGCUGAGAAGGUCGUAGAUGGCUACGUGGACCCAGUCAAUGCUGGCAGUGAAGAUCCAGCUUUCCUGUGGGGAGGUUUAUUCCUGAAUGCGGGUGGUGCGGGUGGAGAGUGGCUCGGCGGAGAGCGAGGGCGGAAGGCGGCGCAGCGGUUGGAGCUGGGUGGGGUUCAGGCUUACAGUGACCUGGAAGGCGACCUUCAGGCUCUGCACACGUUACCCACUGCCCUGGCGGACUACCGGGGCGUCCGUUUGUCCGCGCAGGGAUUGGCCCCUGGCCUACACGGUCCCGACCAGUCUGGAGCUCCAAGGGGCCUGCUGUACGGCUACAGCGCGGGAAUUCAGGAGAAUCCGGCCCGCCGGAAACUUCUGGAGCUUCUGGCCCAAGCCGCGAAGGCGCUCUCCCUUCAGAGGCAUUCUGUCGUCGGGCCGACCGGCCACCAGCUCCCCCUCUUCACCUCCUCCGACGCCCAGGGCCUGCUGGGAGCGGACGGACGCUACUAUCUGCUGGACGUGUUCCGCACCAUGCCGGCCGACGUCAACUUCCAACCGGGCGAGGAAGACGGAGGGGGGAAGGAGGGAGGAGAAAAAGAAGUCGAAGAAGAAGAAGAAGAAGAAGAAGAAGAAAGGAAACAGCAAGGAGAAGACGGGGAUGUCUCCUCUUUCCCACGGCGCUACCCUCACGGUCUUUGCCGCCUGAGACCGGAGCUGGUCAAAGCUUUCGUUCAGCAUAAGCACUCGCAGUUUACAACGCGGGUGAGAGAGAGAAUGGAGGAAAACGGAGGAGUGGAGGAGUGCGUUAAACCCGGUGAUUCUCGGGGCACGGACGCCGUGAGAGGGGCGUGUAAAGAUGUUGGAUCACUGAGCGACAUUAUCUUUGAGAUGCGCUUCAAUCCGAACGUCUUCUCCCCUGGUGUGGAGUUUCACCCCUCUGACAGUGGGGCUGUUUCCCUUCAGAAGAAGUUACUGAGAGAGGCGGCCACUUUUAUCAUUAAUGACCAAAUCCCUGCAUUUAUCAAGGAAUGUCUGUGUGGUAGUGAAAUGCCUGUGGAUGGUGCAACUCUGCGUCAGGCCAUGCAUCAAAGAGGAAUAAACCUGCGUUAUCUGGGUCAACUGAUCUCCUCUAUCAGCCAAUCAGAUCAGAAGGAUCAGCUCAGGCACAUUACGAGGCUGGCAUAUAGUGAAGUUGUUAUGCGUUGUGCUCGAAGGGUCUUUAACAGCUACAUACAGGGUGUGGAGGUGUCCAGCCUUUCAGCGGCCGUCAGCCACUUCCUUUGCUGUUUACUGGUACCUCAUUUUAGCCCCGCCUCUAACGGGGAGGAGUCUAAGAAGCGUUCCAAGAGGCGGGGUCGUGGAGGCGGAGCUGCCAGUGAUAGCCCCGCAUGGAGCGCGCUCAGUGGGAAUGAACUGUGGAGCCUCAUUUGCCAAGAUGCUGUGGAGACAUACGGCUUAAAACAGGGACUUGGUACCACUGUUGACCACUUGGUGGAGAAAUACGGCGUGCAGAAGAUCGCUUUGUUACGGGAGCUGUGUUUGAAGAUUGGUAUACAGCUCCGUCUCAGAGAAUAUGUACUCGACAACCGAAACAAAGCCCCCAUCUCCCCUGACGACGUGCUCAACAUCCUCCCCGUUGUUAAACACUUAACGAUGACAACCAGCGAUGCUUCACGAGUGUUCCGCUCUGCUCAGAACAGCCUUCAGAAAGGGCUGUUGGAACAAGCGUACGAGCAGCUUAAGGAAGCGUCCUAUCUGUUUGGCCGCGUUUGUGACGACCUGAACCCUGAAGCCUGUCACUGCCUCAGUCUGCUGGCCAAGGUGGCCUACAUCCAGGGUCACCCAGCUGAGGCUCGUAGCAUUCAGCUUAAGGUGGUGGUCAUCAGUGAGAGAGUGUUGGGCUUCGACCAUCCUAACACUAUUCAACAAUACGCUCUCUUGUCGGUCUAUAUGUUUGCCGGAGGUGAGAUUGCCCUGGCACUGCGUUGUCUGUACCGGGCUCGGCUGCUGAUGCUGCUUGUUCAUGGAGAGGACCAUCCUUACAUUGCCACACUGGAUAGUUCUCUGGGUUUAGUUCUUCAGGGAGAACAGUCACUGCAGUAUCUUCAGAACGCACUGAAGCUCAACAUCUCUUUCAGAGGAGCGAUGGACCAGCAAACUGCCCUUAAUCACCAUCUGCUGGCCCAGAGAAUGUGUGUGGUAGGAGAUUAUAGAGGGGCCAUGAAUCACGAGAGGGAGGCUCUCAACGCUUUUCAGAACCAGUGGGGACAGAAUCAUCCACAGACCAAAUGUAGCUCUGAUUUCCUGAGUGCCAUUACCCAGCAGGCUGUGCGGGUGGAGCGGUCCAUAAGACAAGGAGGGGCAGAAGCGUCAGAGAUGGCCACACCUGAGAACCUGUGUCCCUCAACGGAGACCACUCUGGAGCAGCUGGCUUUAGUCAAUGGGAUCUUGAAGACAUCGUACAGCACGAGGAUUUUGGAAUUCAAAGAGAAACUGAAAGAAAGGAGAGCAGCGCAGGAGGCGGCCAAGGCCAAAGAAGAACUUUCAGAGGGCACCAAUGGGGAGAAGGCUGAAGAGCCAACAGCCAAUGAUGAAGCCGUCGCCGAGGAAGCAGCUUCCGGUGAUGGGCUGGUGAAGGAGGAAACCAAUGGAAACGCUGAAAACCAUCAGGAAGAAUCUGAUUCGCUCGAGCCGAAAUCUGACCAACCCCAAACAAAUGGCCAUAUUGAGUCUAACCUUCAGAAUGGGCAUUCGAUAACAAGUGACACUGAUGAAGAAGAAGAAGGACCCAUAACUGCCAAGGACCAAUCAGGAUUACCAAAUGGAACGACCCCUGAGAGCCAAUCAGAGCCAAAGAAGACUGUCAUCACACCUCAAGAUGACCAGUCAGAGCCACUCCCAACUAAACAUCUUUUGAUGCAGAAUGGAGCCGAAAAUGAGAUCCCAGCAGCAAAUGAUAAGCCAAUCACUGUGGAGACUGACAGUACAGUUGACCAGUGAAGACCUGAAAUGUCAGAGCAUAGCACUGGAUAAGAUAUUAUGAGCUGGUCACUUAAAUUUGACAAAAUAGGAAAGCCACAUCUACUGUAGCUAAUGAUACAAAGUUUUGACUGAGGAAAUUAAAAAAGAAAAAUUCCAUUAUGGUCAAUUCAAUAAAAAGAUACCAAAAAAAGAUACAGAACUUUGCACAGAGAUAUAUUCUGAGUUUUCACAAUGGCAUGUCAGCUGUAGGCCCUCUACAGGCUUAGAGAGCAAAAUGAAUAUCCUGAAGGAAAAAGAAUGUAGCCAGUAAUCAGAGGAGAACAGAACAGAGAGAGAGAGAGAGAGACAAAGGCAAGAUAAUCCAAAACAAAACUGAGUCGUUAUUAAAUCUCUUUUUCAUUGACUUAAGUCUCAGUGAAACUGUAUGUGAUGGUGGGAUGUGGGGAAAUA